AUUACCCGAUAUCUUAUUGAUACACCUUAAAAGAUUUUCAUUUGAUGGUCCUUUUAGGGAUAAACUUGAUACAAAUGUAUUUUUUCCACUUAAAAAUUUGGAUUUAACUUCGUAUGUGCCCACGCCAAUACCACAACCUACUCAGAUUGGUUCCAUACCAAAAAUGGAUAUUCCUGGUUCUGGUGGAUCAUUACAACAAACUGGACCUUUCAUAUAUGACCUGUACGCAGUUUCAAACCAUUACGGCGGAUUAAAUGGUGGUCAUUAUACCGCGUGCGUACGAAAUAGGAACGAAUGGCAUACCUUUGAUGAUAGUCGUGUAUCGAUAUGUAAUGAAAAAAAUGUUAUGGUAUGUCUAUGA